AUGCGUCGUCCGGGAACGCUGCCCGCGUCGAGCGGUGGUCAUCAUCAUCGCUCCAGUGGAGGAGGUGGAGGAGGAGCAGGCGGUGGCGGUGGUGGUGGAGCAGGAGGCGGGGGUGGUGGGCCAGGUGGAAUGUCAAUCGAGGAGAGCUCAUCGUCCUUGAACGGUACCGGUGAUGAUCGUGCCGUCGCCGGAAGCGGUUCUACCGUUCCCGGUGCUUCCGGUAGCGGCAAUAACGGCAGCACCGGUAGAUCGCAUUAUUCCAAUCUCUCGCUGCGUCGUACGCCACAGCCGCCUCAGCUGCCGUCGAGGGGCAACGAUUGCAUCGAUAGGAUGCACAGCGAGUCGAGGAUUCAGAACGGAAUACCCGGACACCAUCCACCCCCGCCUCUACCCUCGAGGCACCAAUCCACUUGCUCCCAAUCCUCUUAUCCGACGUUGCCCGUUAACGGACACGGGGCUCAUCACUAUCAUCACUAUCCCCGUGAGCGGGACAAGGAUAGAUCGUCGACGCGCGAGAGGAAUAAUCGUGAGAGGGAUGGUGGAGGGCCUCGUGCCGACAAACAUCGUGAGGCACAACUAGAGAUGGAACUUCACGAUGGUCUCGAUGUCGCCGGCAUUGGAACUUAUCGAGCGUAAAUAAUAUGGAACGACGUUCGUUUGAAAAUCUCUUACAAAAUUGACAUCGUUCUUGUGACCGUCGAAUUAAACUGUAGACGAACCUACUGACUGACCUACCGGCCGACCGACCUACCGACCGACCGACCGACCGACCGACCGACGAUGUAUUAAAAACUUUUCCAUUGGUCGAUACGACGGACGUUAAGGGACGAUAAUAAUCUCAUUGGGAUUCGUAAGUCUUGCUCCGUUGUUGCCUUGGAGCGCGAUAGACGCGAUCUUGACGUAACACAACUAUGGAAAUGCGCCCGAUCUCGGAGAUACCACGAGUUUCGUGGAUAAUGGGAGUGCCAGGGAAACCCCCUUCGAUCUUCUCUCUCUCUCUCUCUCUCUCUCUCUCACUCUCUCCCUCUCCCUCUCACUUUCUCCCUCUCUCUCUCUCUCUCUCUCUCUAUCUCUCUAUUGCUCUCUCCUCUCUUCUCUGUCUUCGUCGUGCACAGCUCAACGAAAGAGAAAUUGCACUGAGAAAAACUGCCACAUACUGCCGUUUUAAAUAUUCUACAAAGUUUGCCUCAAAUUCGAAUAUCUACUGAAAAAAAAAAAAAAGGGAAAAAUAAAAGGAGUCAUAUUUUUCCUGCAACUAACAAUUAACGAGAAAUCGUAGAUCUUGAAACAAUGAAAGACAAGUAUACGGUGUAUCGAGUAUCGGGGUAACCAGCACAAGUCAAUCGAGAUCAUAGAUUUGGAACGUCGAUAAUGACUGAAAAAACUCAAUAAUUCGUAGAUGAUUUUAAGGAGUGAAGUAUCGACAAAAUGAUUCUUAUAAUCUGAAUCAUAAGAAAGUGAAAAAUUGAUCCACCGAUUGAUGCUUCAACGAGAACGUAGAAAAUGAGAAAGAGAGAAAAGAGAGAGAGAGAGAUGAGAGGGAGAGAGAGAGAGAGAGAGAGAGAGAGAAAGGGAGAGAAAGAGAGAGAGAGAGAUCUUCAUCCGUAGGCGUAACAUGCGUGUCUUUAGGAUAGGGUUUAGGGUCUCGAAAAUAAGGCCGACGAUGCGUUUUCUCUCGCGUUUCGGCUUCUAACGUGUAGGAUCGACGUCUGUAUCAUAAAAAAGGGACAAAAAGAGGGACGAUCGUCCUUUCUUCACUAUAAUAGCGCAUCGCAAUUAUAUACAUACAUAUAAAUAUACAUGUAUACAUAAAUAUAUAUAUAUAUAUAUAUAUAUAUAUAUAUAUAUAUAUAUUCUAAGCGGUCGAAUUAUUUUCUAAAUAAAAACACCAAUGUAUAGAGGUACGACGGAGAAUGUUAGUGCGGCUAGUGUUCGCGACGUAAUAUGAGGGGGAUGUACUUUAAAAACUUUGGAUACGUUUUUGCCAAAAUGAACUCAAAGGAUAUUUAAAAAAAAAAAAAAAGUAAUAAUGAUAAUAAUUAAAGACAAAAAAACGAAUAAACGAAAAAAUAAAAUCAAAUGUUCAAACGGCAAAAAUACGUAUACCAAUCAUUUACCUUCUGUCCCUCGAUCGAAAUCGAGUGUCGAAAUAAAGAAAAAAAGACAGAGAGAGAGAGAGAAAGAGAGAGAAGAAAUAAAUAAAUGAAUGAAUAAAAGAAGCUUGGUACAGAAGGGAUAUUUAUCAAAAUGAUGGAAAAAUGUUCGAGAAAGUGAAUAAAAUACGCUCGUCGAAUUUUAUUACACGACACUUCUUUCCUUUUAGUGCUCGUUGUACGAUGGUCUAUAUGACGUUGAUCUGGAGAAAAAAAUUCUGUUCGAAAUUGAUCUAUAAAUAAUAUGCGCAAAUUUUUAUAUAGUUAUAUUAUAUUAUAUAUAUAUAUAUAUAUAUAACUAUACAAAAAUAUAUAUGUAUAGGUAUGUAUUUUAUUCGUCUUAUUUAUUUUGUGAAACGGACGACCUUUUUCUUUGCAUCGAAAUUGCAGCUGAGACGAUUGAUCGAUCGUUUCUCGAGUCAUAUCAAUAAUAAAAUAGAAUUCGUAUUAAUCGUUUCGCGUCUAGUAAAUGAAAUAAAAUAAAUAAAUAAAAAAGAUAGAAUGAAAAAAAAAGAAUAAACGAUCGAAUAUAAAAUAUAAAAAUCUGGAAAAAAGGAAUGUCAAAAGAAAGAAUGAAAGAAAAAGAAACCUUUUCAAAAUCGCACAAUACGCACAGACAGAUACGAAGGCACACAAACAGGUACAAACAUAUCAUGGUUCAUUGAUAAACCAAAGCAGAUAUAGAUCCACGUAAAAGGAGAAAGAAGAAGAUGUGGAUGAAGGGGUAGAAAUUUGUCAAGUUUCGAAUUAUACUCGUUGGAAGUUUCGUAUUCCUUGCAAGAAUGACUUGAGAGAGGACUACUUGGAAGAUCCAAUGAUCCUCGAUGCAUCGUGUGUUCGUGUCCUUCUUCCUUAGAAAAGGUACGAGUUUUCGCCGGAAGCUUCGUGACGAGUUCUCAACCUCUUUGUAUUAAAAUGCACCGGGUGCGGUCGACUUUAAGUUAGUUAGUUUUCAAGCACGGUAAUCGUUAAGAGAGAGAGAGAGAGACAAAGAGAGAGAAAGAUAUGGAAAGAGAGAAACAGGAACGCGAACGCUUUGCUCGUGUACUCAAGAAAGAGAAAGAAAAAGAAGGAUGAUGAAAGAUAGACGAAGAGAGAGAGAGAGAGAGAGAGAGAGAGAGAGAAGAGACUGAGCCGGUGCAACCACUCGCCAGUAGAAAGAUGUACUUUGCGGAACGAGAUUAUUUUUCCGCUCGAGUGUACCCAGUGGAAUUCCACGGUCACCCUGCCUGAGAAAGGUGACUGCACUUUGAAUCGACUCGCGUUCUGCCGUUAUGCAGGGCGUGGAGCACCGGAAUUUCAACUUUGUAGAAGGAAGAUCUAUGGCGUCCUCGAAAAACGAUAUUACGGGAUGCUACGAGUCUACUCGUUGCUCUUCUUCGACAAUUUUCCUUCUACUUCUUCUUCCUUCUUCUUCUUCUUCGACUUCUUAUUUCUCGUUUUGCUGUUCUUAUUCUUUCUUUUUUUUUUUUCUUUUUUCUUUUUAUUUUCAUCUUUUCUCUUCUUUUUUGGUACAAACAACUAUGAACAACUUGGCAAGAUUUCACCCUUUUGAAGAAAAAGAAUAAAAAAAGAUUAUAUAUAUAUAUAUAUAUAUAUAUAUAUAUAUAUAUAUUCUCUCAGUAACUGUUAACUUUUGCAACUUGUUCACAAAGUCGAUUCAACGAUAUCAAAGCUCAAAGGUCGUCCGUAUUUCUUAUCGACGCUUUUGCCCAGGUAUAUUAUAUCCCCGAUGCGAUUUGACGAAGUAAGCGUACGAUUAUGUAAAUAAACAUUAUUUUCGAUUCCAAUUCGUAAUUCAUUUAUUUUCAUUCGAUAAAAUUAAAAAUCGUCGUGAACGAUUAAACGAUUCCAAAAUUAUUUUCGUCCGCGCGAAUCGACGAUACCUUUUAUCGAUAAGAUUUUCUUCGAACGAUAUAGAUAUAAUACAUUCCUUUGCCGAUUAUCCAGGCAUCUUCUUUAUUAUAUUUUCGAUAAUAAUAUGUAAGAGAUUGUAUUAUGAAGGGAUAUUGAAAUGUAAAACUAAGUCUGUAUAAACGAAUAAAAAACAAACAAACAAACGAACGAAAAAAAAAAAAAGAAAAACCAUUCAAGUUACAGGAUACCUGUAGUAUUAACAGACAGAGAAAGAGAGAGAGAGAGAGAGAGAGAGAGAAUCUCGUUUUCUUACCAUUAAAAAGAAAAAGAUGAAAAUUUUAAAGGGUGAAUUAAUCAAACUCUUUAAGACGCAAAUAAUUCUCGUAUUGAUCCGAGAAACCGAUCGAAGACGUUUGAAUUCCAAUGAGAUUUUUAACCUCUCGCCAUAGCAAAGCAAUUCAAAGAAUGUACUUUGAUGUACUAACAAGUACGUGUUAAACAUGAAAUAUCACUCUUAAAGUCUAUGGUAAAACGUGGAACUUCUAAUACACGAUAUCCGUGAUAUCAAUGAUAAGGGCUAAUAAUUCGAACGUCUUCGAAAUUUUAAAUGCGCGUUAUACGCAUGCGUACGAAAAGAAGAGAGAGAGAGAGAGAGAGAGAGAGAGAGAGAUGAAAAUUGAAAAAGGAAUUUUUAAAUUACAAAAAAGCGCGGAUAAAAAAACAUAAAAGAAAUCGAUUGAUACGCCGCAGAAGAGAAGGAUAGUCGUGUUACAAAGGAUACAUUAAAAUAUUUAAAAAGGGAAUCAUUUUGAUCGCAAACAAGAGAGAAUGAAAGAGAAAAAAGAGAAAGAGAUAGACAGAUAGAUUGAGAGAGAAAGAGAGAGAGAGAGAGAGAGAGAGAGAGAGAGAGAGAGAGAGAGAGAGAGAUUAUUCCGUUUAUCUCGCAAAGCUUGUAAAUUAUUUCUUGUAAAACCAACGAUAGUGUGGAAGCACCGAGUAUACACACACAAAUACACAUCAAUAAGAAAUGAAAGCUUCUUUCACGUACGUGUCAGAGCUUUUAUCAUUGAAUGAGAACAGAACAAAACAGAGCCUGGCUCGAUCAAAGGGGUAAAACACAAAUACAUAAACUCGAUCUAUAUGUAUGUACAUACAUGCUAAAAACAAAGCCAUACUUCUUUCAAUUAUAUCUGUUUUCAUCUGUUUAUUUUCAUUUUUAUUUAUUUAUUUUCUUUUUAAUAUUUUGUUUCCUUUUCUUAUCUUUCCGGUUACUUUUUACGCUCUUGUUUGACAAUAUGCGUCGAAAAUAAAAGUAACAAAAAUUCGAUAAUAUAAAAAACUUGAUUGUUUGUCUCUUCAAUUUUGAUAAUUCUUGAUAAAUGAAAGAAUAUAAUUGUAUCGUUCGCUGGUCAAACCUAAUCGUUAAUUCUGUUACUUAAUAUUUUAUAUUUCAAAUAAAUUUAAUUUAACAAUUAGGCUUGAUGUCACAAGAAAUAACAAAAAUUGUUAUCCUCGUUUAAUAAAGAAAGUAACAUACAAUUUAGGUAUAUAACUUUAUCAAUUUUCUUUAUAUUUUUCGUUCAGUAAAAUUAAUCGAUUUGGCAAAAUGAACGGCUCCAUUGUUUCUCUCUCUCUCUCUCUCUCUCUUUCUCUCUCUCUCUCUCUCUCUCUCUUUUUUCUAAAAUGAAAAAUAAAAAGAAAAGCUAGAUCUGAGUAGUCUGUAAGAAACGAGAUGAUAUUUUUUAAACGAUAUGAAUUCGGUUACGUAUUAUUGUUAAUAUCAACGAAACAUAUGGGGCACGAAUCGCAAACUUUAUAAUUCGUCGGAAAAUAAGAUAAAGAAAAAUACGAUAAAAUUUCAAAAGGAGAUAUCGCAAAGGAACUUUUCGUAUCGAUUUUUCUCCUAUAACUUUUACUCUCUUCGGUGUAUCCUAUUGCAAAGAGAAAAAAGGGAAAAAGAUAAAAAUUUAAAAAAAAAAAGAAAAGCAGAGGUAGAAGAGUAAGAGGGAAAAAAAAUUACGAGGUAGGAGCGUCGUUUCUACAGGAAGGCAGAAAAAAAAAAAAGAAAACAAAAAAGAAAAUAAACAGGAUAAAAAGAAAAAAAAAACGAUGACCGACACAUCCACGUAGCGUGUCUGUAAUUAAUAUAUUGUAAAUGUCCGAGGUGUGUCAAGUAUCAUAUAGAUAGUUCAAGAGAGAGUAUUAUUAUUAUUAUUAUUAGCCUGCCGGCGAAAUAAUGGUUACAAAAAAAAAAAAAAUAAAAUAAAAUAAAAUAAAAAACAUGUAUAUUUUACGAUAUGACUGUCAUACUUAAUAAAUGAGGAAGCAAAAAAAAAAAAAAAGAAAGAAAGAAAGAAAGAUCUCUCCUCUUAGAGAGAUAAAAGAAGAUUGAAAUGUAACGAAUUCGCUAGUCAGGAAUAAUGUGAAAAGAACGAAGAUAAAGAAGUAAAAAAAAAAAAAAAAAAAAAAAAAGAAAGAAAAAAAAGGAAAAAAAAAAGAAAGAAAGAAAGAAAGAAAAGGAUAGAAAUAUAAUGUGUAGAAUACGAUUGAGAUAAGUUAAUCGUCAUAGAUAUUAAAUUAUUGUACAAAAUUGAAUGCCGAUAGCACGUAAGGGCCUACAUAUAUAUAUAUAUAUUUUUUUUUCCUUGUUUUUCUAUCGAUUAUGUUCAUACAUGUAUAUGUAUAUAUAUAUACAUAUAUAUAUAUAUAAAAAGCGAAGCGCGAUUUAGCGCGAAAUAUCGUAAUAUCUAUGCACAUGAAGAUUUAUCCACGUUCCUUUGGCGGAUAUCGAAGAUGAGAUAAGAGUCCUGGCCUCCCUCCAUAGUAGAUUCUACAAAUUUAUCGAGCAUCUUUGCGAGAAAGAACAAAAGAAAGAAUGAAAGAAUGAAAGAAAGAAAGUAAGAAAGAAAAAGAUAAAUAAAUAAAGAAUGAAAGAGAGAGAGAAAAAGCAGCGAGAAAAGAGCUUUGCCUCUGAACAUAUUCCAUCACAAUUUAUGCGUAAUUUCGAGUCGCAAAAUAUUCCCAUAAGAUUCUCCAUAAGAAUCGUAUUGCGACUUACUUAACAAUCGAAUCCCGAAUACAUAGGAUUUAUCUCACGCAAGGACAUUCUCUUUCAUAAAGUCCGAAAUAGUUCGAGAUUCGAAAACUACAACACACACUGUCAUCUUCUUACGUGUAUGUUUAUACGUAUGUAUGUAUGUUGUAUGUAUGUAUGUACAUAUGUAUGUAUGCAUGAUUUACAAACGUCGAAAGGAAGUUUGUGUGUGAAUUACGUAGUUGCUAAUCUCUUCUAUAAAUUAUUACAUUCUAUUACAAUCGAGAUUUAUAUACAUAUAAACAAAUAGAAAAAUAAGAAGAGACGAGGAUCUUUGUCUUUUCUUUUUCAUCUUUUUCUAUUUCUUUUUUUUUCUUUUUUUAUUCUUUUCUCUUCAUCGAUCGAUAUAACACACAACUUCUCGAAAACUCGACGAUUAUGAAAACGUUAAUCAAAUUUUUUAUUCGUCCGUACUAUACACAUUCCAUACGAAAGAAAAUAAAAUGAAAAAAGAGAAAAAAAAAAAAAAAGAAAGAAGAAAGCAUACAAACGCGGACACGCACGCGCACAUAAUAAUAAUUCGAUGUAAAACAAUACGUCUUAUCUCUAUCUAUCUUUGGCUCUCUUUCUCUCUCUCUCUCUCUCUCUCUCUCCCUCUCUCUCUCUUUGAAUAAGAA